CUGGGCGCCCCACCCACCCACCCCGCGGUGGUACGUCACGUCCGGUGCAGGGGCCGGAUUCGUCGCCGGGCGACUGAAGCUGAGAGCUCGAGCGGAGAGGAGGGGAGAAGCCGAGCGGCCACACACUACACAGCGCUCUUUGCCAAGAGAAGAAAAAAGAAAACCAUGAUAGUUGAUGUUUCCACCCGAAAUCUAAUGAUGCAUUAAUCUGAAAGGGUGUUGUCUUCAUCACUUAGACAUUUGCGGUUGCCAUGGCUGGGAAAUCAACCCUAUUGAAGGUUAUCCUACUGGGAGAUGGUGGAGUAGGAAAAAGUUCGCUCAUGAAUAGAUACGUUACCAAUAAGUUUGACAUACAUCUUUUUCAUACGAUAGGGGUUGAGUUUCUAAACAAAGAUUUGGAAGUAGAUGGACAUUUUGUGACAAUGCAGAUAUGGGACACCGCUGGUCAAGAGAGAUUUAGGAGCCUUCGGACACCAUUCUAUCGAGGCUCUGAUUGUUGCCUUCUUACUUUUAGUGUGGAUGAUUACCAAAGCUUCCAAAAUUUGAGCAAUUGGAAAAAGGAAUUUUUCUAUUAUGCAGAUGUGAAGGAGCCAGAAAGUUUCCCAUUUGUGGUUCUAGGCAAUAAAAUUGAUGUCAGUGAGAGGCAAGUUUCAACAGAGCAGGCUCAGGCUUGGUGUAAAGAUAACGGCGACCAUCCUUACUUUGAAACAAGUGCAAAAGAUGCGACCAAUGUUGCAGUGGCCUUUGAAGAGGCUGUUCGACGAGUUCUUGCUACCGAUGAUAGAUGUGACAGUUUCAUGCAAACAGACACGGUGAAUUUACAUAGGGCGAAGAAGCAAAGCUCUUCCUGCUGCUGACUGUGGGCUGAAUGCAAUGAACCUUCCACUAUGUGCCAUUGGUUUACUGAUGGGUGUUGAUUGGGGUAGUGCAAAUCCGCUGGGACUGUUUUGAGAAAACCAUUGUCAGCCAGCUCAAAGAAACACGUUCCACUGGUUGGGAAAAGAUGCGGAGAUACAUGCGCACAAACACAAUGCCGAUGCCCUGGAUUCUCCACUUGUAACUGAAACAUUCUUAGGUCAGGUGAUGGGAUCAAAAACAGUUUUGAGUUUAAGAUCAACCAAAUAUGGAAAGUUAAAAAGUAAAUUAAAAGUAAAAUUAAUUUGGUAUUGGUACAAUAUUUCUAAUUAAAAUGACAAAUAAAAUAUGGAAGAAAACAAUACUGUAGCUUGAGAUGGUUGUAAACUUUAAUUUGUAUGUCAUUGCCCUGAACUCAUUCCACAUUUUUGUUUUGGUGCUUCUAUUCUGACCCCAAAAUAAGGUGUAUUGUACUGGCAUUUUUUUUAUUUUGCUAUGAAAACAAUGGAGUAUUCACUGGUAUUAGGUUAAACCUUGUAUUUUCAUUUCCUGAUUUUGAUUAACUGGAAGGUCUAUUGAUCAAUGUUUUGUUCUGCUGAGCAGGGUACCUUUAUAUGAUACUAAAAAUGUCAUCUAUACAGUAAGAUGGUUUGUUGCAGUCAAGUAACCACAAGGUACUGUUUCAAGUUUGAGAAAAGGUGAAAGUUGCUAAACAGUUCAUUGAUACACUAACAAAUCACCAAAGAUUAAGAUUAUACAAAUGAUGUAAAGGUACAGCGUUUUGAAUUGAUUCGUAAAGACCUGAAAUCGUCAAUCUUUUAUGAAGUAACAUGUCUUCAGUACCAUUCCAUGAGGUAUCAUCGCAUUCAUUUAUUUUCCCCUCAGGGUUAAGUGUAAACUGUAAAACAAGUUAUGGUUGUAAAUGCUAUUAUUUUGGGCAAUGUAAUGGUGUCACAUGUAUCAACUUGCAUAAAUGCUAUCUAUUGGAUUGCCUUGUCUUUUUUAAUUACCACUAAAAAAAAUUGUGGUACAUGUGUACAUUAUUGUUCUUCUGACAUUUGGGAUUUAUAAACCAGUUGGAAUUUGCAACCAUCGGCUUAUGAUUUAGUUUUAGAUUGUAGAUCUUUUUGCUGCUGUAUGUUCCAUUGUAUGCCAAAUCAAAUUAAUUGUUAAGCAGAACCACAAAAAAAAUUGAAUUUUCUCAGUUUUCACCAGUGUAGAACGUUCUUCCCCAGUCAAGAAUAAUGGUUUGGAAUGUACUUCAAGGCCUUUGUUCCUGUGUAGUUGAGUGUCGAUAUAUAUCGGCAGUGUGGUUGGCCUGUUUCCCCCAUUUUUAUCCCUGUGCUUUCUAACCAUCUGUAGCAUUCAUAAAGAUCAGCAUCUUUAUGUAGGGAUCAUUGAGAUCAUUCAUAUUUUGGAUUCUGGUGCAGUUGGAGGAUCUGACAUGAUGGGUCAUUUAUAUUAUUCUCACAGAGAACCAUUUGUUAAACACAGACCAAUUAAUGAGAGUGGCUGAACGAGGCUUCAUUAGGCAUAACAAUAGUUUUAGCAAAAGGCAGAGUAAAAUCUCAAAAUAAAACUGCUCGAUUCUAACGCUUUGCUGCAAUAAACAUAUUGUCUUAAUAGUUGAAUUGUUUCGUUUACCACAUUAAGAUUUGUGGAGCUUGGCUGAUACAGUACUACUGAAUUAUGCAAUGGAAAUCAAUAGAAAUAAAUUAAACUUGGAAUGGAAACGUUUUAACAAAUCAUGCAUUCUAUCUGCUGACGGUUUAGGCACUCCUAUGUGUUCAAUAUAUCACCAUGCUUUCUGAUCACUGCUUUGAUUCACUAUAUAAAAUUCUUUAAUCAC